UCAAAUCAAAAAGUGUUUUAAUUGGAUAUCAAUUAAAAAAACUCAUUUAAAAUCUCAACUCCUUACCCGCAGCUAUUCACAUAGGUAAUAGUUAUAACGUAUAGCUCAAAAUGAAUAAUCGAUGUCAAGAACUGCAGUCCAAACCCCAAUGGCUAUAAUUUAUUAUUAUGAUUAUUUUAUUAAUUCAGUUAUUAUCUAAUAACAUUCCAACUUGAAUAUAUAUUAUAUACAAUAACGUGGUGAUUAAUUUAUGUCAGACAUCAGCCAGUUUUCCUCGUGUUCCGAUUCGUCUCAAAGCAACAGGCGGCCGCCGAUCGAACUUCUUCGCAGCCGUGCCCGGAAAAUCGUCGGUGGUCAAAGACCGAGGUCGUCCGGAAGUAGAGAGGGGGAGCCCGAAGAUCGGCCGACGGGCGGACAUGGACCGGAUAUUCCGGGGUAUAAUGAAGUACCGGCGGACGAACAGAGCGAAGAUGGUCGAGCAGUUCGCCCAGGUGAAAAACCGGCCGGAGCCCAAAGCUUUGUUUUUCACUUGUAUGGACAGCCGUAUGCUGCCCGCCAGGUUCACCGAAUCCAACGUCGGCGACAUGUUCAUCGUCCGGAACGCCGGAAAUCUGAUCCCGCACUCGCAGCAUUUCCCGGACGAAUACGCUUCGUGCGAACCGGCCGCCUUGGAACUGGGGUGCGUGCACAACGACAUAAGGCACGUCAUCGUUUGCGGGCAUUCCGACUGCAAGGCGAUGAACCUGUUGCACCUGCUCCAGGACACGGAAUACGGAAGCACCGUCAACCGCCGGAAGUCGCCGCUCCGGGCGUGGCUCUGCUCGCACGCGAUGUCGUCCUUGGAAAAGUACCGACAGCUCGAGGCGGCCGGUUUCGGGGCGCCGCUCAUUUUCCAGGCCGAGACGCCCCUGCGCAGGAUAAGCGCCUACAUAGAUCCGGGGGACAAGCUUUCCGUCACCUACAAGUUGUCGCAGGUCAACACCCUGCAGCAAAUCCAAAACAUCGCCAGCUACGAUUUCCUCAAGAGGCGUCUAGAGGCGUACGAUCUGCACAUACACGCUCUUUGGUUCGACAUUUACACCGGCGACAUACACUACUUUAGCAGGCAGAGCAAACGGUUCGUAGACAUAAACGAAAACAACGUGGACAGACUGGUGGAAGAGGUGUCCAAGUACUAUAGCUAAGAGACAUUGCGAUUCUGCAGGUGACAUCCAUCCAUCCAUCCAUCCAUCCAUCCAUCCAUUAUACGUAUACACAGACGCACACGCUCACUAUCGCAAAGACUUAACUCGGUGUUUAAUAUUAAUUAUUGAGACUACCAAGGUAUAAAACGACUUGGUGUACCCAUACUAUGUCAUGUACAUCCCGACUAAACAAUAAUAAUUUCAUUACCGUAGGGACUUAAUUUAAAACUAAGACUUGUUUUUUAAUCAUUAGUAUUUUUUAUAACGUAUUUUAUUUUUGUAUAAUAUAUAAUAUAAGCUAACAAGUACAUAUUAUUAUUUUUCGCUGAUUAAAAGUCAUGCUUGUGAUAAACUACCUAUAAUGUUAGUGUAUCCUAAAUAUUAGUAUCUUGAAUAUUUAUGUGGAAUAAAAUUCACUAUAUUUUACGAUGAUAUACCAGUCUUCACUAUUAGAAAAACUUAAAAAUACCGUCGAGCAGAGUAGUUAGGUUGACUCAAAAAAAAAAUUAGAUUUCACCUUUGAAACACGGAACAAAAAGGUAAUUAAGAUAAAAUGACAAAUGCCCCAUCAAAAAAAAUAUAACAAACAUGAUUAACAUAAGCACCAGUAAUACCUAGAAAUGUUCACUAUAAACUAAUAAUAUACAACUCACGAUAAAUAAUAAAUGUUGGGUUUCCAGUUCAUAAAAAUCAAUAAUCAUAAUUUACUAUUAUGGCAUAACUACAACAUCCCUACAAGUAGUACAUUAUUACGUUAUUUUUAUCGUAUAAUGUGGUAAUUCAUUUGUGUUCGAUAGUGGUCGGUGUCUGUAAUUUUAUUUGUAUUCGUUACAACACAUAGAACGAACCACCCACCGACGAGAAAAAAUGGUCUGGGGACAUUUUAUAAUCUUAUAUAAGUUAUGAUUGUGAAAAAAAAGUAAGCCAGCACUCAAAGCAUUUCUUGUUAUAAUUAAUAUUAUUAUUAUUAUUGUUAUUAUUACUAUAGGCUUAUGUUCUUAUUAAUUAUUAUGUACACAUAUUUUUUCCAUUAGCCGAGUUUGUCAAUGGAUAUUUUCUCUAAUCACGUGACACUUCAUGUUAUUGUAAUAUUAUUAUUACUUUACAUUCAACAAUUUAGCUAUUGCAUUAUAUUUUAUUUAUUUAUUUUAACUAUAUACAUACAGACCAAAACCCGACUAGACAAGAAUAACGCAUAGUAUAUAUCAUUAGGAACUAACUGCGAUCACCCAUACUCAUUAGGCUGGUUACUUAAGACAAAAAAUAUAGAAUAUUGUGCUCGAACAACGGGGCGGGGGGAGGGGUCGUAUUGUGUAUGCGUGUUGAAACAAAAUAAAAAAAUGUGGAGAUUAAAACGUUCCGUUCGCUCGGAAUCUGAAAUACGAAAAAAAGGAAAAAUAAUUUUCGCGCCUAAAGACUCGGGCAGGUACGUUGUAUGAAUCAAAGUUGUAUGUAUAAGUAGCCUGAUUUAAGAACAAAAAGGAAAAUUUACCAGAAAUCGAAUAAUAAUCACUAGCAUUGUGUGCAUGAAACGAGCAUAAUGGCGUACGUAUCAUAUAAUAUGUUAUGGCAGAGCGAGUUGCACGUAAUAAGUAAGCAUUAAAUAUUAUGAUUACACGAUUUUUAUUUUAUUUUUCUCGUUCGGUUUAAAUGAACACACAAUUUACGGAUGCACACACACACACACACACACACACACA